AUGGAGCACCUUCGCAAGAUUCGCUUUUGGCGCCCAAGGGCUCCAGUUGCUUCCAGCACCACAGAUGCGCUCAAGCCGGACUGCCCCGCUCUUGUUUGCCAUGACGAGACGAUCGACUACGCGGCGUACCACCUGUGCGUCCUCGACCCCAUUCUGGGGAACCUCCUCUGCGUCGGGGACAAUGCGCCCGUCGUCGUGCUGACACGUGGUCGUCGUCGGGUGGCACUGCCUGUGCAAAAGGGGGCGCGAUGGCUGGACGCACAUAUAUUUGCUGGAACCUCGAGUUUUUUGUUAUUAUCCCCAGAGUGUCUGCUGCUUUUUGACUUUACACGGCGCCAUUCCCCCUCCGCUCUUUUCCCUCGCGGCAGGAACGAGUCACUGUUUGCCUGCCUGCACAUCCCGCAAGGUAUGACAUGGGGGGUUGUGGGCUGCCGCGGGGGAUCUGUCAUGUAUUGGAAGCUGAAGGAGGAAGCGGAUUCGCUUAGUUUGGUGUGGGCAGCAUUGACAACCGAUCUACUUGCGCUUUGUCGUCCCUUUCUUCCAACGCAAACGCCGCCGUCAUCGUCGUCGUUGUUGUGUGGGCACGUCCACUCGAUAGACUCCAACCCGACAAGUUCAAAUUCGCUUGUGGCGGUGCUUUCAGGGGUCCCUGGGGUAUGCAAGUGGCAUCUGGAUGAGAAUAGCCUAAGUGGUUUCUACCGUUUGCCCCACGUCACUGCGGGCACGUCUCUGCAGGCCUGCAGAGUAACCCCGGGAGGAACCUAUAUCAUCGCGACGAAAAGUGAUCUUGCCACCGUUUUCAUUUGGUCUAAUGGGGGAAAGAAGGCAAAGGACAGGUCGGUUGAGGUAUUCUGGACAUUGGAGACGGGAUGCCGCUUGCCUUAUUCUCCUGGCAAUGGUGACACGGAAGGCGUUGACGAGGACGACAGUGAGAAUGUACCGUGCGGUAUACACAUUGCGCGCAGCGCCGGCUCCUCCUCGCAAGCGCAAUCUGACAAAAAGUGUCAUAUACAUCUUCUUCUUUACUCGGUGGGGGAAUUGGUGGAGCUAGUGCUUGAUGUGGAGGGAAGGCAGCUUCACCAGAGAGAGGAUAUUUUGGCACAUGUGGCUGCACUCCAUCUGGAGCGAAUGCCAGCGCGGGGCACCAAAGGUGCUCUCGCCGUGAAGCGUGUCAUUCCGUGUGUUCGCUCCAGCUAUUGGGUAGGGAUGUGGACAGAACGCGAUCUGGAUGUACUCCUCAUGACGAGUAGCGCUUCUGGGCCGCUGCUCAUACGACGGUGCCGGUCAAAACGUAAUUUGGAGAGCGUAGAUACGUUGCAGGAACUUCCACGCGGGGCAAAUGCUUCAGUCAGAAUGCUGCUUUUAUCUCCAUCCCUUGAACGGUUGAACGCGUUCUGGUGUUCGGUGCGGAACGCUCAACAGGAUUCCGAUCCUUGGCGAGAUGUGUUGCAAGGGGGGGUGGGGUUAGCGAAGCCGUCUGACUUGCAGAAAUGGGAUGGCCCUCCCUUGGCGUUUGGCACAUUACCUGAUGUACCAUGCGGUGGUGUUUGCCUGUUUCCUUUGUCCAAUGAGUGCGUUCCUGUGCCCACGUCUGUCAUGGAGCAAUACACGGCGUGGGGGAGCCACGUCUCAGUUAAAGGUUGCAACACGUUUACCCUGCUCGAGCAAAUCAUACCAGAGCUGCCGCACUACACAGAAAUGAUACUGCGUGUUGUGGCAUGUGCAGACGCCGUUGUUGUCUCCGUGGUGCAUCUCUCAUCAACGCUCGUUGAACCCCUUGUGAAGCUUUCGAGAGAGUGCCUCAUGCCAGAUUCAACGUCUGCUGAGGGCAAGGGCGGCGACGAUGACAAUGACGCGGGCACUUUGGCACGAACCGCAGUUUUGGUCAGCUGCCGUAUUGCAAGGUCAGGAGGCGCAUCGUCAGGGUUGCAGUUGCUUCGUGGUGGAUGCAGCGUGCUUCUUCAGUUGCAGGAUGCCUCCUUCGUGCUGGUGGACUUGAGUGGCGCCCAGACAGGGGAGGAGGGGUUACCUUUUAUGGUGCGCUUCCCGGCAGCGCUCUUUCCUGCUGGUAGCACCUUGGCGUCAUUCGACACUGUCUGGCUGGAUUGUCCCGGCCCGUCUGCUUGUGUAAAAGUGGAGGCAACCAACAGGAUGUGCCUGGCGCUUGUCUGUGUUCUGUCCGACCAGAAGGGUGUGAUCGUGUGGGACAUGAGCUGCAUGCGACUUUUGUCGUACUUCCCAAGCGCUGGGGGCGAGGGGUGGCGAUACAAUGCCGUUAUUGCGUGUUCCCGGACGAACGACUUUCCUGUGUUGGGCGCGGAUUUACUAUGUGAAGUUGUUCUGAAGCCCACCGCCGGCGCCGCGAAGGCAGCGCCACACGGAAGCGAGGGAGUUAUCUAUCUACUCGACGUUUUUGGCCGGUUGUUGCUCCCAGUGCGUAUUCGCUAUGCUCCUGAAAAGGCGGAUGCGUGGGCUGUGAAAAAGGAUGAUGACGAGGCGGAGUGGUAUUCGAUUCCCUCGGGUAAAUCUGCGACAUUGCGCUUCUGCGCGCAGGUUGUCGGGGGCCACGUGGUGCUCGCAGGGGAGGUGAACCAUUCUGUUGGAGAAACGCUCAUGCCGUCUGCUCGCAUCGCUAUGGUAGAGGAAGGGCCGUCCUGGAUGUUUGGCCCCCUCGAGUGGCAUCUGCGUGAAGGACCUGAAAGAAAUGAGGAAGAGGUGGCGGCGACGGUUCCCGCACCUCGCAGCAGCAGGCGGAGUCAACGUGGGGAGGCGAGCGUCAUACUAUGCGCCGAAGGGAAGGUGGACGUCCUUGCUGCUGCGCGCCUGGCGGCAAAUGGAGCAGCGAAGCCCCUCGAACCGUUGUGCUCAUUCGAACCCGGCUGUGCCGUUGAACAUGUGGUUGCUUGCGAGUUCGCUGGUGCGUUGCUUGUGCUGACGAGGGACGCCAACAGGUGGCGCCGGGUCCGUAUGCUAGAUUUGGAGACGGCCCAGCCGCUGGCAGAGUCCAAGGCAAUGGUUCACUUCACGCAGGAGGAGCGCCUCCGCAUCUACCCUUUACCGGUCGAGGGGGGAAACCUCCACGUUUACGUGGUUGGCCGAGGUGGGGCGCUGGGCCACCUCGUUUUCGCUGCCGCCGACGGCGAGGGUGGGGCAAUGGGGCCCAGCGCUGGGGCGUUUUUCGCGGGGCUGCCUUGCUCAGCCGCACCCUCAAGUUUCCAGGCGUACCAGCGAUUCCUGCCGCCGCCGCCCACAACGAAGCAAGAGGGGGGGUUUUUGAAACGCCUCUUGGCACUGCCGUGGGAAGAGGAGGCCCUGAAAGUAGAGGGGCUGCUGCGCGCAGAGCGGCAGGAGUCGUUUGAGGAGCUUCGCCGGCGUCUGGCGCCCGCCGCCGGCCCCGGAGAGGCUCCGCAGCUCAAAGCAGCGCACGGGCGGCAGCAGGGGAGCCGAUAUGCUGAGAUAAAGUCCACUGCGGAGCGCGAAAACGUCACGCUCAACGAGGCGAGGCGGCUCAUGGGCGAGAACCAGGCGAAGCUCCGCGAGCGGGGGGAGCGGGUCGCCGAGAUAGCGAACCGGUCCCGCGAGCUCGCUGAGGAGGCCGCCAGGUUUCAGGACCUGGCCCGGAUGUUGAGAGAGAAGCAACGAAACAAAUGGAUGUGA